GGGUAAAUCUAAACUACGAAUCAAAACGUCCGCAUAAUUUGCAUAUUACUGAUUUAUAAGAUUUAAAAAACACAGCAUUGUAAGUUAUUUUACUUUGUCAAGCCUGGUGGAGAGGAAAGGUUCAAGGGAAAUUGUAUAAAUAAUCAAUCUUGAAAGAAUGGCGAAAGUCACGUCCCUUGUUCUACUGUUCCUAUCUAUUGGGUCCUGUCAUUGUGAUUGGUGGACAGACUAUCUUAAAAACCUCGUUGACAAAGGGAGAGAACCGACGUGGGCGCCAGACUAUCUUGAUAAACAGCUAAAAAAAGAUACACAGAACGCCGCACUUAUCAAAGCAAUCCAAGAUGCAUUGAAUGAGGUUUAUGAGGCGAUAGAGGACAAUGCACCAACAGGUGGUACCAGUUCAGGGGGAGAUAUUAAGGAUCAGAUUGAUAACAUCAAAUAUCAACUCCAAGUCUUAGAUGAAUUCAAGAAACAACAAGAGAGAAAAAAUGAUAACAUUGAUCACAGAUUUAAACAGAUGCAAACUGCUCUCAGUGAGUUAUAUGAGAAAGUCGAAGGCGGACAAGGUAAAACCGGAUCGGGAAAUACAUACACCAGAUGGGGUAAAACAUCAUGUCCAUCAACUGCAGCUCUUGUGUAUGAAGGAUAUGCAGCCGGCAAUGCUAAAUACGAAAAAGGAGGUGGAGCUAAUUUCUUGUGCCUUCCGAAAGACCCCGAAUGGCGUAGUUAUUCCGACAGGAAAGCAACUUAUAUAGGGCGUAUAUUUGGUGUUGAAUAUCAGAUAAAAGACAACUCAGUCUAUUCAACCUCGUUCCAUGAUAAAGAAAUGCCAUGCUCAGUAUGUCUUAUAACAGAAAAAUCGACUUCCUUAAUGGUACCUGGAAAAGUAACAUGUCCCAACGGAUGGACCAAAGAGUAUACUGGAUAUUUGAUGUCCCAGGCCAUUGCGGGUAAUCGUCAACCGUCGGAAUAUAUUUGCGUUGAUGAGAAUUUAGAUGCCGUGGACGGCAAUAAAGCUGAUAACGACCAGGGAAAUGUAUAUGUGGUUGAAGGUGUAUGCGGAAGUUUGAAGUGCCCACCUUAUGUUGGUGGCAGAGAGCUUACCUGCGUCGUCUGCUCAAAGUGAAUAAGCUGAUCUCACGCAUCGUGUCGGUAGUCUAUCGUAUAACACAUAUUUAGAGCACAUUAGAACUAUUAAUAAACAGAUAUAAUUUAAUUUUGGAUGUAACACGUCUUGCUGAUUGGCUGAAAGUGUUUUGUCUAUCAGCUCUUAGACAUAAUUUUGUCAUGUGACCGUGACGUCACCAACGUUUUUUUUCAAAAUUUACUCCUUAAAAAUGGAAUUUAUAAUUAAAUCAUAAGGAAUGACUGUACUAUUUUUUCUGUCUAUUCGAAAUAACCUAAAACAUGUGGUAAACACUUUUAAAUAACCCGCGACGCGCGUUAUUCAGCUUGCACCACAUUUUGUAUGUUAUUUCUUCAUAGACAGAAAAAUAUUACAGUCAUUCCUUAAAUAAAUCUAUUUUAACAUGAUUUGACCAAUUAGUAAUAAUGUAUUUUGUUAGUACUUUGUUCUCGGUUUUUGAUUCAGUUUAUGUUAUUCUAUUGCUUGAUAUAAAUGAAGGAAAUAUGCUGUUGUAUCCAUCAAGCUUUUUGUAUGUUUAACUAAUUACAUGUAUAAGAUAUCUAAUAUAGCUUUUUUUAACAAAUUUUGAGUUAAAUUAAAAAAAAAAACGAACUAAUAGACAAUUCCUACCUAGGUAGAGCUAUGUAUUGUUUUUAAAAUACAGAAUACUUCAUCUUG